UGUAUGUAAUGACUACAGUGCAAUGGUAUAUGUGUUUUUAAUCAUCAAAUAAAUUCAUCCAUUUAUUCAUCUGCAGUUUUCCAGACUGGGAGAAUUGUCAAAGAUACAUGGACUAUAUACAGUAUGCUCCAAACAUGCAGAAAGAAGACACAUUUUAAAGUUUCGUCUGAGCAAGACAGAUUCCCUUUAAAAGGUGCAAAUUUCCCCGGUGAUCUCUACAUUUUCUACGGAAGAAUUUCAUCAGCUGUCCGACUCGCUCAUCACCCACCUUCCAGAGGGCUGGAGACCAAGCUCUAGCUUGGGAGAGACCAUCCUACUCCUGCUAUGGGUGUUGACAAUAUGGAGCACCGGGAUAACUGUAAAAAACAGGAUAUACCAAUGGACUAAAAAGAAAGUUGCAAGACUAUCUGCAGAAAGAAACGCUGCCAUGAAUGAAAUUUUAGAUCUGCAGAAAAAGAAAGAAGACCUUGAAGACCAUUUCAAGAGCAUGCAGAACACCAUAACCUCCAUCAUGAUGGACAACAGGCUUCUUAAAGAAUCGUGCAAGGCGUACGAGGAGAGAACUUUGGCUUCAGAUAAGCUGAAUCGUGGAUUGAAGAUCAUCAUGGAGAACAAGGUGAAAGACCUGGAAACGGAGGCAGAAAUCCUAAAAAACAGCCUGAAGAUGACUGCCAAACGGCUGCAACAGAGGGAGGGCUUUCUACAGCAGAAACUUGUUCAGGAGAAGAUGCUUCGUCAGGAGUCAGAAGAAAAACUGAACUCAGAAUUUAAAGCUUCUGAACAGAAGAUAAAGAAAAUGAACACGGAACAUGAAGAAAAAGAGAGUUCAUACAAGAACCAGUUUGAGCUACUCAAAAAAUGUUGGACUGACAUGACAACACUGCUGCACUCCACUAAAUUUGAACACGAGAUGCUGAAGGAAACCAGCAAGGCCUUCCAGGCAAUGACCGUGAAUUCGGCUAAGGAAAUCUUUAGGGUCAAGACAAUCGUUGAAGAGGAGCGUAGUGCACACCAUGAAGAGAUGAACGCCCUCAAGACCCAGCUAAACAUGGUCACCAUUCAGGCGCAGGAAACGGAGACCACUUUACAGAACACACUUGCUCAGGAGAAGGACCUCCUCCAGGAGACAGAGGCCAAAUUAAAGGAAACUGAUUUGGAUUGGGAAGAGAAACAGGGAUCAGACAAGGCUCAGAUCAAGGAACUGUUAGAACAUCUGGCAAGCGCACAAAAAAUAUCAUCCUCUGCCAAAUCGGAAAAUGAAGGUCUGAAGGAGUCUUGCAAGGCCUUCCAGCAAAUGGUGAAAGAUUCGACUGAGGAGAUGCUUGGGCUGAAGGAGAACACCAUGCAGGAGCAUAGCAUCCAUCAGAAUGAGAUUGAGACCCUCCAGAAUAAGCUUGAGACAAUGACCAUUAAGAUGGAUGAGAAGGAGACCGCUUUACUGCAGUAA